AUGGUCUUGACAAGUGAGACUCGUCACGUCUAUCCCUUCCACUGGGACGUCGUCACUCGCGCUUUCUGGCACAAGUACCCGAACGAACGGCUCGGCCACGUAGAGCGUGUGGACGUGCUGGACCGUCAGCUGGAUCUGCAGGGACGACUGGUGACGACGCGACUGGCGAAAGUGAGACAAACGAACGUGCCCCAAUGGGUCCGCUCGGCUCUCAGCGACUCCACGUACGUGUUCGAGGAGACGGUAUGUGAUCCGCAGCUCAAGCGACUCGUGCUUCGGUCGACGAAUCUGUCGCUGCGAUCAGUAGCGACUGUUGAAGAGACGUGCGUGUACUCGAUGCAUCCGGAGGACGACGAGAAGACACUGUACGAAGCCGAGGCCAAAGUCACCGCGUUUGUGCCAUUGUUGGGUCGACAGCUCGAGAGUUUCUCGGCCAGUCGAGGGGCGGAGACAGCGGCCAGCGGUAUUCGGGUCGUGGAAGACAUUUGCAACGAUAUCUUCCAAGGCACGUUCCAACCGGCUUUUUGUGCUGCGGUUGAUGCGGCAGCGGCGGCGGCGGGUGUAGCAGUCACUGACUCGCUGGCUGCAAAGGCGACACAAGAGAUGGCAGUUACCGCGGCAAAGCGGGCAGACAGCAGUCGACAGUGA